AUGCCUUUGACGCGCACAGCGCAGCGGGCGGCCGGUCCGAAGGAUGCAGGGUUUGAUGUUAUGCUUGACCUUGCACCUGAGCCAACUUUGCCUGCGGUGCCAAUUGCAGCCUCAUGGAACUAUGGCGCUCAAGGAGCCGCGGGCCUACCUCGACCGAUAGCCUUGCAGCCAAACGUUGAUGUGCACAAUAUGGCUCGAAAGAUCGACAGUGGCCUCGAGCGUGCCCGAGUCCGAGAGACUGCCGAAUUAGAUCGUGAGAUACGAACUGGGGCCAUGAGAUAUUCUCCAGCCCGUCGACAGCUCAAACGUGAACCGACCCCCGAUCAGACGCAAUUGAUGCAGUCGCUGCACGACGCAGCUGAGUCACCAGGUGAAUACUAUAACACCCAGGAGUCUGACGCAACCCCUCCGCGGCCUGUACAACAGCCAGUUUCCACAGAUUCCAGUCCCGAUGUAGAGCCCCCUCUGCAACGUCGUCUGUCUGUCAUGUCAUAUGAGCCUCUAUAUCCAUCACCACUUCAACGAGCCGGAUCUCCUCGUCAGAAUACCACCUCAUCUCAAAGCACACCGGCUCGCCAUAGCUCUAUCGACAAUGCCUCCGAAUUGUCUUGGAACCUCGAACGUGAUAUUCACGAGGACGAUUUGCAACGAACAAGGCCGGGAAAAUACCGUGGAGAGCCCCAUGGACGCAAUAUUACGGCGCCUCCCCGACGGCCAUCCGGGUUGUCCAUGCUCCAGGAGACCAUUGAAGAGGAGGAAGAGCCAAGUUCAGAUCCAAUAGACGAGCCCGAGCAAAUACCAGAGCAAAUACCGGACCCUCCGUCUGCACAGUCUAUUCGCACGUGGACAGAACCAGUGCGAACAAUAAUCCCUCAAUUCCUUCGCACUGGAUCUCCCCAACAAAGCCCCCAAUCUUCACCGAAUCUCCCCAAGGAAGGUCAGCCCAACGGAUGGUUAUCUUCUAUGCCCUCCAUGCCAUCGUUACGAUUUGAACACCGUGACAAGCAUACAUCAACCCUCAGACGAACGAACUGGUUUUCGACGACGUUUGUUCUCCCGGUACUUGUAGUUAUCGUCUCCAUGGCACUUUUUUUCGCCUUCCAGGGCGGUUUGCUCGAAAACAUUCACUUCCCUUUCUCUCGCGAGCAGCCACCAUACGUCUCACCAGAUAUGCCUGGCUCUUCUCUUGUCCAUGGCCUUAAUUAUCAGGUGAACAGAAUAAACGCCCAAGUGGCGUCCCUAUCAUCGGAGUUGAGCAUCGUGAGAUCGGAACACAGUCAUGAUCCACACCCUACCUAUGUCACUGAUCCUGCCCCUGAAACACUGCCUCCAAGGGUUAACUUCUUGUCGCCCUCGCUAGGCGCUCUUAUUGACCCUUUCAAUACCGCUCCGACAGUUGGACGCAAGAAUCCAUUCUGGAAACGUGUCUUGAUUAGCAUCAUACCAUUUAAUUACGGCAUCCGCAACCCACUUCCCCCUAUUGCCGCCCUCACACCCUGGGAGGAGAUCGGCGAUUGCUGGUGUAGUUCUCCUCGCAAUGGUGUCACCCAGCUCUCGGUACUCCUCAACCACUACAUCGUGCCCGAUGAGCUUGUUGUCGAACACAUCGCUGCCGGCGCAACUCUUGACCCAAGCGUCGCCCCCAAAGACAUCGAAGUAUGGGCUAGGUACCGAGUUGUUCCUCUUGAUAGCCCGAAAGGAACGCGAAGUUUCUUCUCCAUAUUCACUCCAUGGCGGACCCCGAGAAAUUCCCAUCCGGUUGAGCCGAUAUCUUCUAAAGAAAAAGGUCUUGGCGGAUACAAUGUCCCAGGGGAGAAUUCCCUCCAUGAAGUUCUCAUGAAUGUCCUGCGCGUAUCCAAUCCUCAUGAGCCGCCGGAGGCUUACUCCGGACGAUCCCGCACUGGGCUCGAACUUCUACCGCAUCGGACGGAUGACAUACAACGUCACUGCGAAGAACAAUAUACAGCGCUUCGCACUCAAUACUGUGAUUGA